AUGGCAUUAGCCCCGGCAAAAGAGAAAGGGCCCGAGAGAAAGAGGAGGAAACAAAGAAACAACGGGCAGUCUCUUUUGGACUGCCUCCUUCGAGCUCGCUGGUGUUGCUGCUCUUGGACCCGGCACCUGACGCAUGUAGUACGACCUACAUUCCGCGAUGGUGCUGGCGCCGUCCAGCAUCAGUUACAGUCCCAUCCCUGCACCGCACAAUCGACGACUCCAGCCACAGACUUUAAAGUGCUAAUAAGCGCGGCCCAUCCUGUCAUCUCCGCUGCUCCCUCGUGCACUCGCAGCAAAUCUCGACUCGCCCGCGACUCUCGGCGAAUCAGACGGCGUCACACCCAAAUUCCUUGCUCGAAUCCCACCACUAGCAUUGACCCAGCGACCCAGAUCAAAGUCACGCAUUGCAACGCCGUCCCGCUCGUCUCUCGGCUCUCCAACGAAGGCGGGCAGCGUGUCUCGUCAUACUUGUAUGAAAGGGUCCCGGGCCAAAUUUACAAUUUAUCCUACAUGCAACGUACAUGCCGAAGGCGACUAGGCGGACCCGGCCCGACGUACUAAUAGAGCCCGUCUCCUCACACACACGCACCACGGCACAGAUGCACAUUUAAACACGAGAACAAGUUUCAAGCCCAACGAUUUCGACUUUGCCACCCCUUGGAUCUCGCUCAAACGCCCAGGUGUCCACCCCAGACCAACCUCAGCCUUCAUACUGUACCGUACCGUACACCGAGUCUUUUGAUUCCCGUUUAGUUCCGCUACCAACCUUACGGUAUCAUUCUUCUUCACCACAGUGCAAAUACGAGUGCCAGCCAGCCAGUUCCCGGCCCACCAAGCAUUAUGUCACCGGGGACUCGGUCCCGCCAUCCCAGCCACUGUGGACUCGCGCUGCAUCUGGUGCCGCAGGGCCUCUUUUCCCAGUCUCGCAACCCUGGUUGCAGAAGAUACAGUACUGAAGCGACAUGCAAAGACUCCCACACCCGUGACGUGCCGU